GUACUAUCGAAGAGUUCGCGUGGAUACUGUGAAAAUUGUCGUAAUUUUACCGGGUAAAACAUAAAAGGUGAAUUUGCGUGACUACGGGCCAUAGUUUUAAGUUAUGCGCGUCGUAUACCUUUAGUGCGGCAACAUGUGACGUUCUCACACUGUAUGAAUUUUCCACUAUUUUUUGCCUGUUCUUUUACGGCUAUCGGGCCAAGGGAAAUCCCGCCCGUUUGUUUAACCUCUUUUUUUUUUUUACUUUUUUACUCAUAAGCGAGUUCUUAUAAUGAACCAUUAAGUAUAUUAUGCUAAUGACAUUUUUAAAAAAUGGGGGUUCCUAAAAUCUACCCCGAGUCGAGUGUUUAGCUUCGCAUCGUUUUAGUCAUUUUGGUGUAUUCAUUGUGGUCGAUUUUGUUUUUUCAUCGAGAGGGUUGCGUUCGUUAUAGCGCGUCAGUGAAGAAAAUUCGCAUCCACAAACGAAGGGGAAAAAUGUCAAAUAAAUUACGCGCGAAUAUGGUAAUUUUUCUUGCUGUCCGAGCGCGUAGCUAUGAACGUUUUUCAUGAUGAAACGGUACUAUUCGGGUAGUUAAAUAUGUUUCGUAUUCGGUUGCCGACUACGUUGAAAAAAUCGUCGGCUAAAUCGAAAAAUGAAGCGCAAAAGCCGUCAUCGGCCGGAAGCUCGAUUAUUAGUCGGAAAAACGAGCCGAAGCCGGAUUUCAAACCGUUCACAAAGGAAUCGGCCGAAAAGUUUGAUAACAAAACGGUGAAGAUUGCUCGCGAAUGCGGAUUCGCCAGAAAACGCAAAUCUAGCAUUGAAGAUGAAUCCGUACUUCCCGACAAGUAUGAACCGUUUCCUUCGAAUUUGUAUGGCAAACCUUUGGAGGAGAUCGAUAAUUUCAUCUAUGAAGAGACUUUUUGCGUGGUAUCGAAGAGAUUUCGGAAAAAUUACGUGCAUCGAUUCACAGCUACUCAUUCGUUUUUUCUAUUCUCUCCGUGGAAUCCGAUUCGUAGAACUAUGGUUUAUAUAGCUACCAAUCAAAUUUUCGAUUACGUUGUAAUGGCCACUAUUCUGCUCAAUUGUGUCUUCCUUGCGAAAACGGACUCCGUAGACGAAGCCGAGUAUAUUUUUCUGGCCAUUUAUACCGGAGAAAUGAUAAUAAAAUCGAUAGCCAAAGGUUUUAUUAUAAAUAAAUACACGUAUUUAAGAAAUCCGUGGAAUUGGCUAGAUUUCGUGGUAAUUACAUCGGGUUACGCUACCAUCGGCAUGGAAGUAGGAAAUUUGGCUGGACUGCGGACGUUUCGUGUAUUGAGAGCUCUGAAAACUGUUUCAAUUAUGCCAGGUUUAAAGACUAUCAUAAACGCGCUACUUCAUUCCUUUCGUCAAUUAGCUGAGGUGAUGACUUUAACUAUAUUCUGUCUGAUGGUGUUCGCCUUGUUCGCUUUACAAGUUUACAUGGGAGAAUUACGUAAUAAAUGUGUUCAUAUAGCAAAUUACAGCACAAAAUACCAAUGGCACAGGUGGAUAGCUGACGAGCAGAACUGGUUGGUAGAUGAACAAAGCGGAGGUCCAGUUCUUUGUGGAAAUUCUACCGGAGCUAGGCAUUGUAAAGAAGGUUACCAGUGUCUGCAAGUUGGUGAGAAUCCUAACCAUGGGUUUACCAAUUUUGAUAAUUUCAUGUGGUCUAUGUUAACUACAUUUCAACUGAUAACUUUGGAUUAUUGGGAAAACGUUUAUAAUAUAGUAUUAGCCACAUGUGGUCCUUUUAGCGUAAUAUUUUUCACCGUAGUUGUGUUCUUCGGUUCAUUUUACUUAAUUAAUUUAAUGUUGGCUGUGGUCGCUCUAAGUUACGAAGAGGAGGCUGAAAUUACUCAGGAGGAAAGAAGGAAAGACUUAUCGGAUCAUAGGGAAGAUUCUACGUUCAGCUUCGACCCUACGCGUAUACCGGUAAAAAAGCUGGAUAAAAAUAAUAGGAAGAAAUUGGACAGCCGGAAAGGCGUAUUACUGUCGUCGUAUUCGCGUAAACGUACACGUCGAAGAAAACGACGCGGAGGGGUGGUGGGGCCUGGCGCUGCUUCUGAGGCCGGAAGUCAUACUCAAAGCGCGACUCCGAGUCCGAGGCAUAGUUGUGGCACCACUACCCCGCCGCCGCCUCCUCCAAUGCCACCACCUCCUCCUCCGCCUAUGCCUAAGCUUCCAUCUCCGCAGCCUCAUCUGACGCCGCCACCGUCAUCUGCUGUACACGAUACGUUGCAUCCGAGCGUUGCGUUAGGCAGGUUACAUAGGAAUCAUUUAGGGAGUAGACAAGGCAGUAAUAAUACCAGCGAUGGUAAUAAUAGAGAGUCUUCUCUGGAUGACUCUGGAGUAGUUGAUGAUCAUGAAGAAUGUGACGUUACAUCUGAAGAUGUUACGAACGCUCAGCAUCAACAAACGAAAUUCGAACCGGCGUUCACCGAAAUUAGAGAAGUAGAAAAAGAGAAGAAAUUCAAGAAAUGCAACGGAUUGAAAGGCAAAAAACCUCGUGAAUUUAACGACAUUCUUCCGGAAAAUGAAUUCAUUUCACAAGUGGUUGUAAUUAAUAAUCUUCCAGAUCGAAAUUGCGCAAAUUGUUCGAAAUGCUGUUUCGAUUACGUUUUAUGGUUAAGGGUACAGAAUUGUUUGUACAAAAUCGUACGAGAUCCUUUGUUCGAGUUGUUGAUUACGAUUUGUAUUAUUUUGAAUACAUUUUUUCUCGCUGUCGAACACCACGGCAUGAGUGAAGAUCUAAAAAGACUGCUCGAUAUUGGUAAUAAGGUUUUUACGCUAAUAUUUACGUUAGAAUGUUCGAUGAAGAUAAUGGCCCUGAGCACGCAUUUUUUCAAUUGUGGAUGGAAUAUUUUUGAUUUGAUCAUUGUGUCGGCCAGUUUGCUAGAUUUAUCUUUCGAGAUGAUUGAUGGACUAUCGGUGCUACGGAGUCUGAGAUUGCUUCGAGUUCUGAAACUAGCUCAAUCUUGGACGACGAUGAAAGUUCUUCUAAGUAUUAUUAUAUCGACGAUCGGGGCUCUGGGAAAUCUUACGUUCGUAUUAGUGAUAAUCAUUUACAUAUUCGCUGUGAUAGGAAUGCAAUUAUUUUCUAAAGAAUACACGCCUGAAAAAUUCGCUCCGGAUCCAGUACCAAGAUGGAACUUUUCGGAUUUUUUUCAUUCGUUCAUGAUGAUAUUCCGUAUUCUAUGCGGUGAAUGGAUCGAACCGUUAUGGGAUUGCAUGCGAGCGGAAGAAGCCGAAGGGUUCGGUACAUGUUUCGCUAUCUUUUUACCAACACUGGUGAUGGGAAAUUUCAUGGUGCUCAAUCUCUUUUUAGCCUUGUUGCUCAAUAGUUUUAAUUCGGAAGAACUUAAGUCUAAAAAAGAAUUGGAUGACGAAGACGAAGAAUUGAUAAUACAUUAUAGGAAAAUGUGGGCUCAUCAUAUUCGCGUUACGACUAGUAUUUGUCGAAUUUGUCGUAAACCUGUACCGAGUAAAGCUACUACUACGAGUCGAAUUACUAGGCCGAAGGAUAUUAUAGUUACUAUUAGCAAAGAGGAAGUUGGAGAAAGUUCCAAACUCGCUCGCAGCUUCGAAAGGGUUCGUUCAAUUAUUCGAAAACGACGCCGUAAAAGUGUUCAAGAAACUAGUGAAAAUCAGGCUAACUUGAAAUUGGAAGAAUUGGUGAUAAAAAUGAUGAAAACGAAGAAAAAUCCGAAUGUUGCCGAUACAACGUUUAUAGAGGAAGCUGAAGAACAAAAUGAAUCCGAAACGUCGGCUAGAAACGAGCAAGAAACAAUCCUACCUUCUUUUCGGGUUCAGGGUACAGCAAAACAUCAAGAUACGAUGUCAUUACAAGAUGUAGAUUUGUUGAACGAUGAUCAAGCGGAUGAACACGAAGUGUACAUCAAUGACCCAGAUAAGCAACAAGUACCUCAUAUAGAAAGAACGCUUACGGAAGAUUCAGCAGACACUGGGUAUUUCCAAAGUACGCUGAAUCAACCAUCGCCAGCUUGCAGUUUGCAUCAUUCGGAUAACGAUGAUUUAUAUCAACAAAUCAUGCACGAGGUGAUGCUGAACGCGCCAUCGUUAUCAGCACCUGAUAGCGAUUUUCAUUUGACAAAUGACAAUAAUUACGAUAAUUCAGAUAAAAAUAGUCCACCUAAUCGAACGCAUCGUAGAUCUUAUAUGUUAGCUAUUCGAAGAGAAAGUAGUCGUGAAGCAUUGAACUUCGUUGAUCCGGAAUUAGGCAAUAAACCCGAAGACCCUCUGGAAAAAGUAGAAGAAGUUCAUCAUCCGGACGAGCCACCGAAAAAGAAAUCGUGGAUGGCUUUGGCAUCUUACGUUGAUGAACUUACUCUAGGUGGUAGACGAGAUUCCAAAGGAAGGUUUAUCGAUAACUUGGGUAGUUUUCCCGGUUUCGGUUACGCUAAAAAGGUUAAAGUUCCUCAAGACUGCUUUCCUAAGCAUUUUUACGAUAAGUGUCCAGCUUGCGAAAACUGCAUAGAUUCGUUUUUCGGAGAAAGAUGGAUGGAAUUCAGGAGUAGAGUGUUGACCAUGGUAGACAAUCCGUACUUCGAGUGGUUUAUUUUAGUUUUAAUUUUCGCUUCGAGUAUUACGCUGUGUUUUGAAGAUAUUUACCUCGACAAUAAUAUCCUUUUGAAGAAAGUUCUGUAUUGGACGAAUUUCGUAUUCUGCGUCAUCUUCAUCAUUGAAAUGUUACUCAAGUGGAUUGCGAUGGGAUUUUAUAAAUAUUUUAGCAGUUUUUGGACAGUAUUAGAUUUCGUAAUUGCGUUUAUGUCGGUAUUUAGUUUGGUGAUUGAAGAAAACGAGAAUUGGAAAGUGUUAAGGUCUUUGAGAACAUUACGAGCGUUGAGACCUUUGAGAGCAAUAGCUCGAUGGCAAGGCAUGAAGAUUGUUGUGAACGCUUUAAUGUACGCAAUUCCGUCAAUUUUCAACGUGCUUUUGGUAUGCUUGGUAUUUUGGUUGAUAUUUUCAAUCAUGGGAGUUCAAUUUUUCGGUGGAAAAUUUUAUAAAUGCGUUAACGAAGAAGGAGAACGUUUAGAGCCCGAGGACGUUGAAAACAAGACGCAAUGUUUGGAGAAAAAUUAUACGUGGAUCAAUUCGAAAAUAUCCUUCGAUAAUGUCGGUAUAGGUUACCUAGCGUUAUUUCAAGUCGCGACAUUUGAAGGAUGGAUGGAAGUGAUGCAAGACGCCGUAGACGCGACUGGAGUUGACAAGCAGCCUCAAAGGGAAGCCAAUAUUUACGCUUAUAUUUAUUUUGUUAUUUUUAUCGUUUGCGGAGCGUUUUUUACGUUGAAUUUAUUCAUCGGUGUGAUCAUCGAUAAUUUCAAUAUGCUCAAGAAAAAAUACGAAGGUGGUGUUCUUGAAAUGUUUCUGACUGAGAGUCAAAAACAUUACUAUACGGCGAUGAAAAAAUUAGGCAGGAAGAAACCUCAGAAAGUUAUCAAACGACCAAUUAAUAAAUUUUUAGCCGCUUUUUAUGAUUUGGCGAAUUCGAGAAGGUUUGAAAUAGCAAUUUUUGUUUUGAUAUUUUUGAACAUGUUGUCUAUGGGAAUUGAACAUUACAAUCAACGUCGAGCUAUAUUUUUUGUACUUCAAGUCAGCAAUGCAUUUUUUACCACAGUUUUUGCAUUAGAAGCGUUAGUGAAAAUGAUCGGAUUAAGGUUUCAUUAUUUCACCGUUCCGUGGAACAUAUUUGAUUUUUUGUUGGUGUUGGCAUCGAUAUUGGGUAUUUUAAUGGAAGAUGUGAUGAUCGAUUUUCCGGUUUCACCUACUUUGUUGCGAGUAGUCAGGGUAUUUCGUAUUGGAAGAAUUUUAAGGUUGAUCAAGGCUGCCAAAGGUAUUCGUAAACUAUUAUUCGCGUUGGUGGUAUCUCUACCGGCUUUAUUCAACAUCGGAGCACUUCUCGGACUGAUUACAUUUAUUUACGCGAUUAUCGGUAUGUCUGUAUUCGGACACGUGAAACAACAACGAGCUUUAAACGAUAUGGUUAAUUUUGAAACAUUUGGAAGGAGCAUGCAGUUGUUAUUUCGGUUAAUGACAUCUGCUGGCUGGAAUGACGUUUUAGAGUCAUUAAUGAUACAACCGCCAGACUGUGAUCCUAAUUUUAAAAAUCUUCCUAAUGGUGACUGCGGUAACCCGGUACUAGCCAUAACUUACUUCACUAGUUUCAUCAUCAUCAGUUACAUGAUUGUGAUAAAUAUGUAUAUUGCUAUAAUCUUAGAAAAUUUCAAUCAAGCUCAUCAAGAAGAAGAGAUUGGUAUCGUUGAAGACGAUCUCGAAAUGUUUUACGUUAGGUGGUCGAAAUACGACCCUCAUGCCACACAAUUUAUUGGUUUUACUCAAUUAUCUGAUUUUAUAGCGAGCUUAGACCCUCCUUUAGGUAUUCCAAAGCCUAAUAUUGUAGCUUUAGUGAGUUUCAAUUUGCCUAUUGCUCGAGGUCAUAAAAUACAUUGUUUGGAUAUUCUUCACGCGCUUGUUAAACAUGUUCUGGGGCAUGUCGAAGAAACCGAAGAAUUCAAAAAGUUGCAAGAACAAAUGGAUGAUAAAUUUAAGAAACAGUUCCCAACUAGAAAAGAAUUAGAAAUCGUGUCUUCCACUAGACUAUGGAAACGUCAAGAUAAAGCAGCACGUAUGAUUCAAAGAGCCUACAGAGAGUACAAAAGACGAAGAAAAGAACGAGAAGAAGGUGACGUUGACGAAGUAACCCAAUCAUCUAGUCCAGGCGGAGGCUGGCAAGGCCGACUUUCUUCCUUCCUACACGUUCAUCGUGGUUCGAGAGCAUCGUCGCGUAAAUCAUCGCGCGCCUCCGAUGCCAGCGACGCUUCUGAAAUUAACAGCAGCAUGUGGUUAAACUUACCCUUAUUUUUAUUAACGAGUACGCAAGUUAACGGAGAAGAUUCAGCUCCACCGCCCCCUCCUCCGUUACCAGAGGAUGAUAUUUCUCCAAAAAUCGACGUUUGUAUAACGGUCAGUGAACCGUCGCCGGAAUCGAAACCAGAAAAUGAACCACCGGUUGUGACUCAGUGUUCAUUAGAAUUACCAGAAUCGGCAGUCAGUAUAACAGUAACAGACGCAUCUCCCGAGUCAUCUGAUACUGCUCAAUCUCCACCUUCGACUGCUACCUCAACGACAAACACAGCCCAUCAGAAAAGAGCAGCGUUCAGAAGAGGUAGCGAAGCAGUUACUAUACAUCAUGCAUUGGUUCAUCGAGAAUCCGGAGAUGAAAGAUGAUCAGUGCUUUAUGCAGGAGAAUUUUCAGUCUCAUUGUUGAAAUCAUUGGUCUAACCUUUGAUACGCAGGGUGAACUUGAGUAGAGGUAAAAGUAAUCCAGGUUACCGUUGUUUUCAUGUGGAGAGAGCUUUGAUAUUACGAAGAGAAGUUGUUGUUGUUAUAAAAAAGGAGAUUUCAUUAAAAUAUGUAUAUUACGGAUUUGCAGCAUGAGUGGCGAAGAAGUUAUCAAAAAAUAUUUAAAGAGACGAAUCGUUGAUGUAAUUUUAUACAUUCCUGUGAUAUUUUAUUUAAUUAUUCACAAUUAUAAUUUUAAAUUGUUUUCUUUAUAUAAUUUUGUUAUUGAAGUGUUUUUUUGUUUUUUGUUUUUUACCUACCUAAAUGUAACUAAUCUAGUCGCUGAUUGUCGUUAUUUGUAUUAAUUUUUAAUAUUAUCUAAAUGUAUAGAUAAAUUGUGGACGAAUUUGUACAGAUUGUUCGCACAGUAAACAAAACUAAAAUGUUUACGCAUUCAUUAUUCUGCAAUUUUAUAAUCACACUUAUAUUCUUAACUGCCUGUAAAUUAUAAUCUGUAUUUUUCUUUACUUUUCCUUUUUCUAUUUUUGACGUACUCGCAAUUCAAUUUUAACGUGCCUUCUAUACUUUUUAAACAUAUUACCAUUAUAUAGUUGAUAAAAUAUUAUGUAUAACUAUCGCUGUUAUACCUACUAUUAACAAAAUUAAUAAAUGCGUAUAUUAUCGUUGUA